AUGGUUUACAUCUCGAAUGGACAAGUGUUGGACAGUUGGAGUCAGUCCCCGUGGAGACUAUCACUAAUAACAGAUUUCUUCUGGAGAAUAGCUGAGUUUGUGGUUUUGUUUUUCAAAACUCUGCUCCAGCAAGAUGUGAAAAAAGGAGGAGGCUACAGAAACUCAUCUGAUUCCAGACAUGAUGAUGGAAGAGGGCCACCAGGAAACCCUCCCCGGAGAAUGGGUCGAAUCAAUCAUCUUCAAGGUCCCAGUCCUCCUCCAAUGGGUGGUGGGUGGAUGAGGAAGGUAAAUGUCUGCUGUAAGAAGCAGACAACUAGACAUGCACAUGCAUAGCAGAAGGAAACCAUCAGAAAGUGGAGCGCUGACAGUGCUGGACAAGUAGAUGAGUGUGUAUGUCUCCACAGGGAUUGCUCUGUGUUCUCACAGAUGAAUGAGGUCAUGCCAGGAAAACUCUGCAGAGAUCUGGCCUGACUGAUAAUGCAGUUCUAUAGAUGCAUA